AUGUCCGCGCCUGGCGGUGCCCCUAGCCCUGUGCCUCGCAGCGGCAGUAUGGGCCCUGGUGCAAAUGGGAUGCCUAUGAAUUCUCAACAGCCUCUUUCUGGCCAGCCGGUACAUCCACCGCCGACCCCUGGCCCACCACCGCCGCAAAGUGGUGCUAUGUCACAGCAGAACCUGAACCAAAUCGUGAGUGGCAUUUCGUAUAUGACAAUCAGCAUUCAGUCUACCCCUGCCUAG